AUGGACACAGAAGAAGUAACAUCCGGCACCAUCGAUCAAUUAGACAAUGGAAAAGUGGUACGAUUAAAUGUUUAUUAUCUAACAUCUAUCCCUUCAUUACAUUCGGUACGCAAUAUCUUAACGCCAGGUCUUUUUACACCUUAUCAUUCUGCAAUCGAAAUCGAUGGUCUAGAGUAUGCCUACUACAGAGAGUAUGCCUAUCCAUUUACAUUUAGUGGAAUUAUAAGUGGAAAACCUAACAAAAUCUAUUUUUACAAAGCGUACACUAAAAUCUUUGGUAAAACAAUGUUAUCAACUAUCAACGUUGAGAAAUGUGCACAUCGAUUAGGUGAACAAAUAUUUUACGGCGCAAAUUAUAAUUUAUUAAAAAGUACAUGUCACACCGGAACAUUCCGAAUUUUUAAACGUUUAAAAACAUAUAACAAUGAUCAAAUAAAUGAUAAAAAUCUUUCGAAUGAUUUUUUACAUACAUUUCCAAAUCUCCAAUCAUUAACGUUGAAUAAAAUAUUCGAUGAUUUAACAACAAUUCAACAGCAUUUGAAUCGUUUAGAAAAAAAUUAUCGUAUAUCAGCAAAAAUUAACACAGAAACGAAAUUACACCAGCAAGCCCAUAAUCAAGAUGAACAUCAUAAUGAAAAUAUAAACUUGCCAACACCACAAAUAAUCAAGGAAUUCACAGGAAAAAAAGCAAGCUCAGCCAAUGGCAACCUCAGAAAACAAUUAUUAUUUUUAAUUAUUGCUAAACCAAUGAAUGUUUCUGUGUCCUCAGCUGACGAGCAAGAUAAUCCUUGCACGUUAAAAAAGACGAAGAUCCUUUUUUCUCUCAUUCAAAUUCCACAAUAUGAACAUUUACAAAUACUUAUAUGUAAAGGAAAUGGGUUAACGUCUUUAGCUGGGGUCGAAAAUUUGAAACAUUUAUGGAAACUUGAUGUUAGCAAUAACGAGAUUCGUAUAUUACAACAUUUGUCUCGUUUUAUUGCUUUGGGUACAUUGAUAUUGUCGAACAAUCAAUUACAAUGGAUUGAAUUACAACAUAUUCGGCAUAUGUCAAUACUUGAUUUAAGAUUAGAUGGAAAUCAUGCUCUUGAUUCAGAUCCGAACUCAAUAGAACGGAAUCAAGUGGAGGAAUUUUUUGUACAGUCCUCAUUAUCAAAUAAACCAGUUCGUCAUAAAUUAUCAAAAGAUCAAUUUAUGCCGACAAAUUUGAAAGACCGAUCAGUGAAUGGGUUAUUUGGGACAAAAGCUACAGAGUUAUUCGCCAAAUUUCCUCAGAACUGUUUUAUCAAUUCUGAUCUUGAUAAGAAACGGCUAAAACAUCUGUCUUCAUGGUUCCAAGAUUUAUGUCUGACUGAGAUGCGUUACACCGACAGACAAGAAGAAUUAUUACGAGAAAAUCGUCAUACACUUUAUCAUAUGAUGGAUUCGAGACAGACACAUGUAGAAGAAUUUAAUAUGCUACUUAUUCUACUUAUCACCGAUAUUUUAUUUCAACUUCCAUCAGAUUUACUAAAUCAUGUUAUUGAUAUCACGAGAAUUAACACAAUAGGAAAUAUUAAUGUACAAAAGAUAUUUGCUUCAAGUGAAUCGUUCAAAUGUAAAAUUGUAUCUCUAUUACAAGGUGGUGCCAAAAUUGAUAGAGACGAAAAUCAUUCGUCUGCGUUUUAUGAAAAACUAUUUAAUAGUGUUUCUAUUGUUCUCUCGAAUCAUAUGCGUCAAAUAGACUUAUUAAAUGCAACAGCAUCGCAGGCCUAUCCAAGUGUUAGUGCCGUUAUGGAGGCAAAAGCUGUACUCUGUCUUGAAGUUAUGCAAGUACUGAUCAUAUGUCCAUUAUUUUACACGUUGGUUGAUAAUCCGAAUGUUCAUGCGAUAUUGAAACAUGCAUUAGAUAAAUCACCAGCUUAUGGUAGCGUCAAAGAAGUAUUACAAAGUUUUAAUGCUGAACAGAAAACACCUGAAGAGCAAAAAGAAUUGUUGAGUCCAAUAUUAGGAAAUAUAUUAAAAAUGACAAUACGUACAUUGUCAACCAAGAGAACAAAGAAGGUAACUGAUCCGAAUCAAGUGGAGGUACAAUUAAUAGAAAAUGAUGCAACAAAUCAACAAUCAGCAAAUGAAGCAAAAAUACAAGAGCAAUCACCAAGGUUACGUUCAGCUCGAAUACCUGCAAUUGGUGAUAGAAUAUUAACAGGUCCACAAAGUUUUGGUCGGAUUGUAACAUUACCCGAUGCUGAAAUAGCAAUGAUUCAAUUGGACAAUAUUCUAGCAACGAAUGGUGCAAUGGUUAGUAAUGGUGGACUGCCCGAUAGUAUCAAUUAUGUUAAUAUGAAUAAUUUUGAAUGGGAUGGGAUGCGCGAUUUUUGGAGGCCAAAGCACGCAAUUGGGGACAAAAUAACUCUUCAAUUGACAACAUCAAGAGGAGAAUCACCACGUUUGAGUUAUUCACAUCAAUCACAACGAAAAUUAAAGAAUGGUCAUCCGUUAACAACAGAAACUCAUGAACGCUCACCACCUGUGCAAAAAGUUUUCGAUAUGAAUUUAAAUAAAGCCGAUGAAAUGACUAUGGAGCGACCGCAACUCCCUACUAUCGCUCCUCCACAACCGCCAGUAUCACCUCCACCUCCGCCAACAAGAAAACACUCGACAAGUCAUCUCGAUGGAUCAGAAACAGACUUAAAUUCAUCAGUGCUACCACAUCAGCAUGAUGAGAGAAAAGUAACAACUCCUGAACCGACAAUUCCAGAAGUUGUUGAACGUCCACUCUCCGUUCGUAUUGUCAAACAAAAGCAAGAAAUCCGCGAAUCACCUGUUCUAAUUGAGUCUAUGCUUUUAUUAUAUCCUCCAGAGCAAACAGCAAAUACAUUACAUGAAACAUAUGAACAAAAUAAUAUUAUGAACGAUUAUGAACCUCUCCAAACUGUAUCUGUUCUCGAAAAUACUCAUUCAUUGUUAAAUCAUAGUGGUUCAAGACGAAAUAGUAGUCAACAACGAAAAGUCCAUGUACCAGUACAAAAUGCCUCGCAAUGGUUCAAUGGACCGGAUCUUCAAAAUGAACGAUCGGGACGUUUAGAAAAAGUUGUUUCAUCCAUACUGAAAAGAUCGUUUCGUCGUCCUCAUACCUAUGCAAUGCCAAAAGUGCCUACGUUAACAUCACCGUCUUCCAAAGAUCAUGCCUUAUAUAAAGGUGUUCGUCCAACAAAUUUUCAAGAUUUUUGUCUUGAAAGUAAUCGUAUACCAACAUUUAAUUACAAACAACCAUCUACUCCAAUGCCACAUUUUUCAAAGAACAGGUUUAUUCUGGGUAAAGCAGCAAGCCCCAAUGCUGUUUGGCCUCAACCUCAAUUAAUGAAUGCUGACAAUGAUCUGGUUUAUAUAGAUCCAAAAUAUUUUAUUGUUUAUUCGAACUUGGAACGUUGUGAUAUUAUUCGAAAAGCAAUCGAACGAUAUCGACCAAUAUUUUUUCCACCGAAAUUGACAAUAAAUAAGGCUCAAACACAGAAUAUUUUGACGUCUGCUUACAUUCGAGUCAAUUCGCGAAUUUGUGAGAAAUAUCCAUCAUUGAAAGACGACGAAUCAUAUAAUAUUUCUAUUGCCGAAUCAUAUGCAACAAUAUCCGCUAAUAGUGUCUGGGGAGCUCUUCAUGGUUUAGAAACAUUUUCACAAUUACUUUUCAUAACUGACAAUAAUCAAGUAACACCAGAUCGUCGCAUUUUUAAAAAUAAUGAUACGAUGGUAUAUAACAAAUUUAAUGUAUUACAUUGGCAUAUUGUUGAUGAUCAGUCUUUUCCAUAUGUGAGCAAGAAAUUUCCAAAAUUAUCCCAAAAGGGUGCUUAUUCGCCUUAUCACAUCUAUACAGCAGGAGAUGUACAGGACAUAAUUGAACAUGCACGAUUACGUGGUAUCCGAGUUAUUCCAGAAUUUGAUACACCCGGUCAUACGAAAUCAUGGGGUAACGCUUUUCCAGUUUAUUCUGUCCAUGGUGAAAGUGAAAUAUUUAAUCCGAUAAAUAAACAAGUUUAUUCAUUUAUGAAAACGUUUCUGAAAGAAAUUAGCGAUACAUUCCCUGAUCCUUAUAUUCAUUUGGGAAUGGAUGAAGUUUAUAAAGAUUGUUGGCUUUCGAAUCCUGACAUUAGACAGUGGAUGGAGACAAAUAAAAUGAAAAAUGGUACAGAUUUGAUGGACUAUUAUUCGUCAGCAGUACUUGAUAUCGUAAAAAGUUUAAAUGCAAAACCAAUGGUUUGGCAAGACGUUUAUGAUGAUGGUGUAAAGUUGGAUUCUGAAGCAAUCAUUGAAAUUUGGAAAGAUACAAGUUUAUUGCCUGAAGCCGAGCCAUGGUCUUAUUAUCUAAGCAAAGUGACAUCCGACGGAUAUUAUGCUGUUCUUGCAGCGUGGUAUCUUAAUAUGAUAUCAUAUGGGAAAUAUAAUACCAAUGACUCCGUUAUGAAUUUAGAAUUUUUCAAAUAUUAUAACGUUGAUCCAUUUACAAAUUUUACAGGCGAUGCUGAGGCACGAAAACGUUUGAUUGGUGGUGAAGCAGCGUUAUGGGCAGAAUUUGUUGAUGGUACAAAUUCACUAAGUCGAUUUUGGCCUCGUGCGUCAGCUGUGGCCGAAAGAUUAUGGAGUUCAGAAGAUGUGAAAGAUCCGGAAGACGCUCAAUUUCGUUUAGAUGUUCAUCGUUGUCGUUUGUUAAGACGUGGUAUACCGGCUCAACCAAUACUUGAUGGAUUCUGUGGUAGUUAUGAACCAGGAAUGGUACAUAGUAUGAUUAACGAUUCAGCAUUUAAUUAUUAA